ACACACACACACAGACACACACACAUACAGUCACACACAUACACACACACACACACACACUGGUGCUGGGGACUGGGAAACACACAGUAAAUCAAACCUCUUGCUUCUAAUCUGCACAAGGAAUUAGAUCCAGCUUGGGGGUUAACUCCUCGCACUCCUCCCUGCACUAAGGCUGCUCCGCUGUUUCACUGGUUAAAGUGACAGUCACACCAACUGGGGCAGCACAAACAACUGGCGGCCAGAGACAGUGACAGAGAGACACAGAUGGUGUAAAGGCUGGUACUUCCACACACAGAGUAACUGAAGUGUAAGAGGGGAGGAGGAGGAGGAGGAGGAGGAGGAGGAGGACGGUGACUUUGUCGGCUGAUCUGAACAUGAACCCACUCCAGCCACUUCAAGUUACACUGGUGUCUGUGCACAGGGCUAAGACUAGGGGGUCCCCCUUGUACCCCAACCCUUUGUACAGCCUGGGGCAGCUGCCCAUGUCUGAAGCUUCAUGAUGUCCUGAUGCUGGAGAAUCUGGAGCAGAGAAGAUGUCUGGGAACGAGACCAAGAGCAUUUGGUGCCACUUAUUUGCCAGUGUUCCUACAAAAGGUGGCUCCGGACAGAUGACCUUCUUGUGUACCCUAGUGUUGCCUCUGACUCGUACAAGCAAGAAACAUGCUGAUCCAGGUCCAGCCCAGCCAUCUGACAGAUACCCAUCUAUCUUUGCACAGCGCCAAACCCUCCAGUCACCAUCAGAACCUUCUACCAUCUGAAUUCAUGACUGAGAGACCCUUAAAUACAACUGAACAAGACUUAACUGCUCUUAACCACACCGAGAAGCCUGAUUGUGGAAAGGAGUUAUUGCUCUAUGGCGACACAGAGAAAAUAGUCAUCGGGGUGGUGUUGUCCAUCAUUACGUUGUUCACCAUUGCCGGCAAUGCCUUGGUGAUUAUCUCGGUCUGCAUAGUCAAAAAACUCCGGCAGCCGUCCAACUACCUGGUGGUUUCCUUGGCAGCGGCUGAUCUCUCCGUGGCAGUGGCGGUUAUGCCUUUCGUCAUCAUCACGGACCUGGUUGGGGGAGAAUGGCUCUUUGGGAAAGUCUUCUGCAAUGUGUUCAUUGCCAUGGAUGUAAUGUGCUGCACGGCCUCCAUUAUGACCUUGUGCGUCAUCAGCGUCGACAGAUACCUUGGAAUAACUCGCCCUUUAACGUAUCCCGCCAGACAAAAUGGGAAGCUCAUGGCUAAGAUGGUGUUCAUAGUUUGGCUGCUUUCUGCUUCCAUAACUCUCCCGCCAUUAUUUGGGUGGGCGAAAAACGUAAACGUGGAAAGGGUGUGUCUGAUUAGUCAAGACUUUGGCUAUACCGUCUACUCAACGGCGGUGGCCUUUUACAUCCCCAUGACGGUCAUGCUCGUCAUGUACCAGAGGAUUUUCGUGGCCGCUAAGAUCAGCGCCGAGAAGCACAAAUUUGUGAACAUCCCGCGGCUUUAUGAGCAAGAAGGAAUAUACUGCUUGGAGGACAAGCUCCCGCCUAAGAAGAAUUCCAAAAAGAAAAAAGCGGUCGAAGAGUUUGCCUCCUUGUCCAAGCUCAUCCGCCAAGAUCGGAAAAAUAUCUCCAUCUUCAAACGAGAGCAGAAGGCGGCUCGGACACUGGGGAUUAUAGUUGGGGCCUUCACCUUUUGCUGGUUGCCCUUCUUCUUGUUGUCUACAGCUCGGCCGUUCAUCUGUGGUAUCAUGUGUAGCUGCAUGCCCCUCAGACUGGAGAGGACUCUUCUGUGGCUCGGCUACACCAACUCUCUCAUAAACCCCUUGAUCUAUGCCUUCUUCAACAGGGACUUGAGGACUACCUUCUGGAACCUCCUGAGAUGCAAAUACACCAACAUAAACAGGAGGCUUUCGGCGGCCAGCAUGCACGAAGCAUUGAAGGUCACAGAGAGGCACGAGGGCAUUCUGUAGCCCACUAACAUGACCAGGAACCUUUUAAGGAACCUUAAGAAGCCUACAAAGAUACCCCUACUGCUCCAUGCCUAUGAGAGGGGCAAUGAAAUACGUAACUGAAUUAUUCAUUAAAACGAUACCGCUGAGAUGUGAAUAUUUUUUUGCAGUUGAAAAAAAUACAAUCUUUACUUGAAUUCAAGUUUUUCCCACAAAUUCAUGAUUCUUGGGAAAUGAUAUUGAUGUCCAGCAAAAGGGUGUCAUAAUUAAUAAUGGACUGCUGGAUAACAAAUGUAGGUGCUCGGCUCUUUCUUUCAUUGCUGUGGUUAUACAGGAAAGCAACUCAGUCGCAUAUAUAGGCUUUACAUAAGGAAAAUCUUCACCAAAGGAAUUUUUUUCUACAAUACAUCAGUGUGUUCUUAGCACAUUUCUCUAAAAAAAAAUCUGUUCCCCGUCUGGGAAUGCAUGGAAAAUUAGUAUGACUCCCCCCCCCAUCAGGAUCAAAGGGUUUUAUGGAGUUUUAUAGGACCAUAAUGAACAUUCAUGUAAAUAGUCAGUCGGGGGGUUACAAUUGAACUCAUAAAAUAACGGGCACCAGAAGGCGGAGUAUUGUGUUUUCAUUUGUGAUUGUGAUUAAAACCAAGUGGACCCUGUACAGUAAAACUCUAGUAUUCUGUCCUGUUCAGAUAAUGAGUGCUGUUGAACUAGGAAAUGUGUUAAAACCCCUCUACCUCCAAUGUUGCUGCUGAAUUGUGCUUAGUACAGGGAAAUACCCAUAGGCACCCGUAUGUAGGGUGUUGGGUAAUUGGGGAGGCUGAUUAAAUGCCAAUUCAACCCCAAAACUAAAAAUCUGCCUAAUAAAAGAUUGUUAGUAUGUCUUAGAAUGGCUUUUUCUAGGCAACUUUUCAGCUGGUCUUCAUUUUUUCUUUUUUUAUAGUUUCCAGCUCAAACGGGGGUCGUUGACCCCAUCUAAAAAACAAAUGCUCUCAAAGGCUACAAAUCUAUUGUUAUUGCUACUUUUUAUUACUCAUCUUUCUAUUCAUAUUCAAAUCAAGGUAUAGUUGCUUGGGUAGUUUUGACCUUAGCAACCAGAUGGUGAAAACUACAAACUGGAGAGCUGCUGAAUAAAAAUCUAAAGAACUCAAAAACCACAACAAAUAAAAAAUGAAAACCAACUGCAAAUUGUCUUAUAAUACCACUCUCUACAAAAAUAUCAUUAUUGAAUCAUAUCAGAACGAUUUCCAUUAAAGUUUUUUAAAACUCCCAUGAACUCGAAAUUCGACCAAUGACAAAAAAUUAGAAUUUUUGAAACUCGGGUGAAUGGGAUCAACCCGCAAACUGAAUUGAUUUCGAAUCAAAUUUGAUUAAAAAAAACUCAAAAUUGAUCCCAGAACAUCCGCCAUAGGCUAAAACAGUAAUUCGGCAGGUUUAAGGUGGUAAAUAGUCUAAUUUGAAUUCUUAAGGGGCCAAUGUAUGAUAAAUUCUCGAAUUCUUGAAAAUCUAAUUUGAAUUUAAAAAAAAAAAAACUUGAAUCUAAUUUUAAUAAUUCCCUAGUCGAAUUUGACAGUUUUCAAAAUCAGUGGUCGCUUCUUCAACCCCAUUUUGUCCCACUGUUCCAACAAGGACCAAUGGAAAUCACACAGUGGACUAAUUAAUUCACACAUGUCCCAUUCAUUUUGGCAUUCGUUAAUAUGAAUCUCUUGAUUUGCACUCAUCACGUUAGAGAUCUUUUAAUUUCUGUGAAUCGAGACGGAUACUGAUUUCUGACGGUUGGCUCAAUGAGUUCUACGUGGCAGUUUCUCCUGUAAAAGUGAUUGGCUCGUGGCUGGGAAUGUGACAGUUAUUUCUCUUGGCCUAAAAAUGGAAAUGUAUAUCAAUAAAUACAAAGCGAAAGAACAAAAUAAAUGUAUAUUUGUAGAUAAUGUUGGCAAGUAAAAAGAAACAUUAUCACUGA